AUGAACCCACCUGAUGAUUUAAUUAAAAAAUGCGCGAAUGAAGAACAUAUCAAAUUAUAUGAACGUUCUUGUUUCAAGGAUGUUAAGCUGAUUGGGGAAGGAGGAUACGGAAGAGUGUACCGUGCUAUUCACAGAAAUAACGAAGUUAUUGUUGCAUUAAAAUCAUUUAAAAACAAUGUGGCCAUUAAAGAAGUCGUUAAAGAGCUUAAAUUACACAGUAGAGUGGAUAUGCAUCAUAAUAUUACACGUCUAUACGGUGUCACUGAAAAUAAAGACGAAAAAAAUUUGGGCUCUGUACAUUACAUGCUAGUUCUUGAAUAUGCUGACAAUGAUUGUUGGAAACAUGAUCCUGAUGGUCGACCUGACAUUCAGCAAGUUCUUUCAAGACUACAAAAUUUAAGAAAUAGAAUUGCUCGAGAUAGGACUAGCACAAAAAAAUUAUUAACUGCAUCUACGCUGGAAAAUGAUUGA